UGUUCUUAUGCGAGUGAAACGAAGAAGUCUCUGGAGAAUUUGUUUUCGUAGAGACCAAGCUGCUGCUAUAUAAAUAUUGUGAAAGAGAUGAGAUUUUAAUUACUUGUAAGUGAUUCAGAGAGAUCAGAAGAAAAGAAUAAUUACGAAGAAAUGGAGAAUUUUGGUGAAGGGAGAAGAAGUGGAGGCGGAAUGUUGCCGUUGCUGGCUCUAAGCGCCGUCGCGGAGUACUAUAGACUACCGUGGAAACCACCGGUGACGGCGAGUCUCCUGGCCGCGAACACUCUCGUUUAUCUCAGGCCGGCGUUUAUCGAUCCCGUUAUUCCUCACAUCAGUGAGGUCUGGUUCAAUCCUCACCUCAUCUUCAAGCAUAAGGACUUGAAGCGUUUAUUUCUAUCAGCGUUCUACCAUGUUAACGAGCCUCACUUAGUCUAUAACAUGAUGUCACUUCUCUGGAAAGGUAUCAAGCUUGAGACAUCAAUGGGAAGCAGUGAGUUUGCUUCAAUGGUCUUUACUCUUAUUGGUAUGUCUCAAGGAGUCACAUUGUUGUUAGCCAAAUCGCUUCUUCUCUUGUUUGACUAUGACAGAGCUUACUACAACGAGUAUGCGGUUGGGUUCUCGGGUGUUCUCUUUGCUAUGAAAGUUGUUCUUAAUUCUCAAGCUGAGGAUUACUCAAGUGUGUAUGGUAUCUUGGUUCCAACAAAGUAUGCUGCUUGGGCAGAAUUGAUUCUAGUGCAGAUGUUUGUACCUAACGCUUCGUUUCUUGGGCAUUUGGGUGGAAUCCUUGCUGGUAUUAUCUAUUUGAAGCUGAAAGGUUCUUACUCAGGCUCAGAUCCAGUCACUAUGGCGGUUAGAGGUGUAUCUCGAUUGGUGACGUGGCCCUUGAGGUUUCUGAAUGGUAUGGUUAGGUCUCGGAGAAGGAGGAUUACGGGGAGAGGAAGAGUGGGAAGAGGUCAGACUGGGAUAGCAGGACCUGGUAUUUGGAGAUGUCAGUCGUGUACAUAUGACAAUUCUGGUUGGUUAAGUGCUUGCGAGAUGUGUGGCUCGGGACGGGCUAGAGGAAAUGGAUGGUCACUGAAUCAGGGACCAGCACUUUCUUCUUCUAAUGAUCUCCCUUUAGAUGAGCUGCGCCGUCGAAGAGUAGAGAGGUUUAGUUGAUCUCGGGAGCGCAUUCUUAAAGCUGAGGAAGGAUUGUGAAUGAAGCUUUGUUGAAUCAUUCAUUGCAUUAGCUUAUGAAUAGCAGAGUUAGUGGUCGUGUUUUUCGAUCUGUUUCUUCAAUUUGUCUUCUCUUUUGUUGUUGAAGAUUUGGUUCUACGUGAACUGGUCCUUUGAUUAGAUUGCUGAAAGUAGCGAGUGAUUCAGAUAAUAUAGUAUCUUCACACCAAACUUACAGUUUCACAGACUUUCGAUUUUAACAAAAUUUUAUCCUAUUUCAAACCAAAUUUUGUUGAAAGAAGAAGAUCACAAAGCAAGAUAUAAAUGUUAAUCAGUAAUCAAUUUCCCUUUUUUCUUCCUUUUGCCUCCUUGCUUGAUUUGCGCUG